AUGUCGUUCCCCCACCCCAACCCCAUGCCAUCAUACUGGCUGUCCGAGUCGGAUUCCGAUCUUUCCAAACACCGAACGACAGAGAUGCUCCCACAGGAGGCAGACGUCGUGGUCAUUGGGUCAGGAUACAGCGGCGCCGCGGCGGCAUAUUACAUUUUACAGGAAGAUGAGAGCGCCGACUCCGACCUCAACUCCAACGCCAAAGCAGAAGGCAAACCAAAAGUGCUCAUACUCGAAGCACGCGAUGCAUGUUCAGGAGCAACGGGCCGAAAUGGCGGCCACAUCCUGCCCAACCCGUACUUCAGCGAGGCGAAGAACGAGGAACGAUACGGUCCACAGACCGCUCAAGAACUGACCGCGUUCGAAAUCCAGCAGGUCUUUGAUGUGAAGAGGCUGGUGGAAAAGGAAAACAUCGACUGCGACUUUGAGUUGACUCGGGCGAUUGGUGUGUUUUUGGAUCGUCGCGAAGCCGAACCCACGGUCGCGGCGUAUAAAGAUUUAAAGAAGCGGGGGUACGGCUUUCCGGAUGAUCUGCAUUUCAUUUCGGACCAAAAAAAGGCGGAACAGGUGUCUGGAGUCAAGGGGGCGCUUGUGGCGUUUAGCCAUACGGCUGCUUCGUUGUGGCCGUAUAAACUGGUCAUGCAUCUCUUGAGGCGGUGUUUGGAUAUGGGGGCGAAUGUGCAGACUCAUACGCCUGUUGUGGGGAUUGAUAGAGCCAGUGAUGGUUCUGGUGGCUGGAUCGUCAAAACACCCCGCGGAUCGAUCCAGACAUCCAAAAUCAUCGUCGCCACAAACGCAUAUCUGCCUGCCCUGCUGCCUGAAUUCAAGGACAAAAUCGUUCCAGCCAGAGGAAUCGCCUGUCGAAUCGCGGUCCCAGAAAAUCCAAACAGACCAGCGCCCCAUCUCAACAACUCAUACACCAUCCGUUUCGGCCCCCAGGAAUACGACUACUUGAUUUCCCGGACCGACGGCAGCAUUGUCGUCGGCGGGGCCAAGCAGCGCGUCUUGCUCAAUGAUGCCUAUUGGCAGAACAACACGGAUGAUUCACAGUUGAUUCCUGGUGCGGCUGGGUAUUUUGACGGAUAUAUGCAGAGGCUGUUUCAUGGGUGGGAAGACUCAGGAGCGAAAGUCACGCAUAUUUGGACUGGUGUUAUGGGAUAUUCGGCUGAUUUGAUGCCGUGGGUGGGCGAGGUGCCUGAUGAACAGGGGGUUUAUGUCUUGGCUGGAUACACUGGACAUGGUAUGCCUCGUAUCUUGGGUUGUGCAAAGGCGAUUGCUGCUUUGGUGAGGGGUGAAGUGAGGUCGAUGGAGGAGACGGAUGUGCCGGCGCCGUAUUGGAUCACGGCGGAUAGGAUGGCUAGGACGGACAAUGUUGCGAGGGAGUAUAUGGCUGGAUCGAGGCCGGCGAGGGCGUCGCUCUGA